GUCCAAAGGAUUUCACUGUGCCGUCCUACUUCCGCAUGUCUGCUACUCCUUCGCAUACACAAGAUAAGAGACAUCUGUAAUAAACACAGAAUUGUUUAAAGCAGAAUAGGCAAAUGAAAAGAUAUCAAAAAUAAAAAUAAGGCUGAGCUUGAAUAGGUAGCUAGUCGCAAACUUAUUUUAUAGACUACACUAAGAACCAGCACUGAUACUCAUUAUCUGCAGUGUUGAUAAUUAAAUCCAAAAUAGCCUUUGGAUUCAAUUGGGAUAACAUAGCUGCGAUAUUCGAGUGAUUUUGCACAGUUUGGUCUGAGAGAGAAUACGACAAUGCUGAAAGCGGUUAUUUUAAUCGGGGGUCCACAGAAAGGGACACGGUUCCGCCCCCUGUCGUUCGAGGUGCCCAAACCCCUUUUCCCAGUGGCCGGUGUCCCCAUGCUGCAACACCACAUUGAGGCCUGUGCUAAGGUGCCUGGUAUGAAGGAGAUAAUACUGCUUGGUUUUUAUCAACCCAACGAGGAGCUCAAUCGGUUUCUGAUGACUAUGCAACAAGAGUUUAAAAUCUCAGUCAGGUACCUUCAGGAGUUUGCCGCCCUGGGAACUGCAGGUGGCAUCUAUCACUUCCGGGACCAGAUCCUGUCUGGCGGCCCCUCUGCCUUCUUCCUCAUGAACGCAGACGUCUGCUCAGAGUUCCCCCUGCUGGACAUGCUGCGUUUCCACGGCAACCACGGUGACGCCCACUGCGGCGUUCUCCUGGGGACCACCGCCAAUAGGACGCAGUCACUCAACUAUGGCUGCAUUGUGGUGAACCAGCAGACUAAUGAGGCCCUGCAUUACGUAGAGAAGCCCGGCACAUUUGUGAGUGAUAUUAUCAACUGCGGUAUCUACCUGUUCACCCCGGAGAUCUUUGUCCACAUAGGGGCAGUGUUUCAACGCAACCAGCAGGAGCGACUGCAGGAUGAGCAGCCUCUGGGAAGGCAAAGGGCGGAGGUCAUCCACCUGGAGCAGGACAUAUUCACAGCACUGGCCGGGCAGCAGCAGCUCUGCGUCUACAAAACACAGCACUUCUGGAGCCAGAUCAAAUCAGCAGGAUCAGCAAUAUACGCCAGCCGUCUGUAUCUGAGCCAGUACCACCACACACACCCAGAGAGGCUUGCUGUCAACCAGGAGGGAGGCCCAAAGAUCAUCGGGAACGUAUACAUUCAUCCAACGGCCAACAUUGACCCCACAGCUGUGCUGGGUCCCAAUGUGUCUAUAGGUAAAGGUGUGUGUCUCGGUGCGGGGGUACGAGUCCGAGAAUCCAUCAUCCUACACGGAGCCACUUUACAGGACCACAGCUGUGUCCUGAACAGCAUUGUGGGAUGGGACAGCACCGUGGGGAAGUGGGCCCGCGUUGAAGGGACGCCCAGUGACCCCAACCCCAAUGAUCCCUAUGCCAAGAUGGACAGUGAGACGCUCUUCAGAGAUGGCGGACUCACUCCAUCCAUCACCAUCCUAGGCUGUAACGUGAACAUUCCCUCUGAGGUCAUCAUCCGAAACUCCAUAGUUCUGCCUCACAAGGACCUGAACCGAAGCUUCAAGAACCAAAUCAUCCUCUAGGCCUCUCACAGGGCACGGAGAGACUGAAGAGGAGUGGAUAUAUGACUUUGUACUCACAAAGGGAAAAGUUUGUGAAAUCCAUACUGGGAUUUGAGACACUAUGAACUAAUUGAAGGGUAGGAUUUUUAGUACUGGUAUAUGUAUAUGUAUAUGCACAGGACAGAUGUUAUAUUCAUGAACACUAGGAUGAUGUGUAGCUGUGAAUCCAGGCUACAUGUGAAUAGCUUGAAGAGCUCUUUUGCACUGUCACGCCAAAAUGUUAUGAGCAUGGCUACUCUUAUCGAAUAGACAACAAUGCUAAAUGCAACAGAAGUAGUCUGACACUGACACUGACAUACUGACAUAGGUGCUCACUGAUUGGUUGACUCAUGCAUCGUUUUACUUUUCUUUCCUUCUCUUUCUUCUUUGGUACUUUUUUGGUAGCUGCUUAGACCACAAUAAGCAAAACAAAUUCAGUCCUUAAAAUGCGUGAGUUGCCAAACUGAUUUAGUUUAGUCAACAAAAUGGGGAGCCACAGCAACUGGUGGAUAUUUAUUCACACGGACCACUUACCCAAGUCUCCCUACUGUUACUGAGGUUUUUUUUCUUUCAUUCAUGAUAUAUUUAUUCAUUCAUGUAGUAGAAACUUUUAUCCAGAGUGACUUACUGUACAGAUAUACAGUACAUUUCCAUCAGCAUGUGUGCCUAUGAUCUUGGUGUUCUCCCUCUACCAGUUUAGCUACCAGUUUAGCUAAUCAGUCCAUUACACAGUACCAAUUUACCAGCACAACUCGUGGAACAUAGCAACAAGGCCUAUAAGUCUACAGUUUGGCCAUGAUGACAUGGCAGACAUGACAGUCAAAAAGAGCCUAAUGCAUCUCUGAUACAGAGCAUCAUCAAGCACUUUUGCCUUUAUUGCUCGCAUAUGACUUUACUGAUUAUACUGAUGCAUACUGAUUUUAUAUGUUUACUCGUCUCACUGAACCUAGGGUUUCAUAAUGAUUUUUAGCAGAUCCUCAUAGCUGCAUAGCCAAGAACCUUUAAUAAUCUCUGUGUUCUACACUGGGGCGAUGCACUGGCAGAUAACCUGUUUGUGUAAACCGUGUUGGUGUGACUCUACAGUCAUCUCGUCUCACUGCUGAAUGCAUGGAGUGUUAUUUGGACUGCAUUAGUGCCCCUCUUUAUUCACAAGGGCUUUGUGUUUCCGGAGUGUGCAAGGUUAAGCUCUCAAUAUUGGGUAGAAGCAGAUCAAAAUGGCUCUCUGCGUGAGAUGAUUGCUAGUUUUUAACACUGCCUCUUCACUCUCAAAGACCCCUGCUAAUUGUGUGACUUUAAUUGGCCACAUUUGCGGAACAGUUGGGAAUUGUUCUCUUUUUUAAUUUUCAUUUCAGUAAUCAAAGAAAUCAUUGAUUGGCCUUGAAAGGCAACAAGUGCGAGACAAUCAGGGGGGCUUUGUUUGAGAGAGAAAGGGCUCCGUGUGAGAGAACAAAGAAGUCGGCGCUGUGAUUGUUAACCCUAGGGAAUCUAGUGAAUGUGUGUGUAUGGGGGGUGAUGAUGGUGUGUGUUUGGUGUGUGUGGUGUUUGGGUGUGUGUGAUAAGGGCUGGGCUUUUUAAUUGAGUUCUGUGUCUGUAUAACUUAAAGCUGCUCUACGCGACAUUUGCAGUUUAGACAAACUUUCAUCAGAUUCAGCCAAUGGUCAAGCCCAAUAUGUAGUGAUCCUAUGAUAAAACUAUGCAGAAUAACUGGUGGAAUGGAAUGCCCAUCUCUUCAGAACUCUGUGUUAAAGGGUUAGUGGCUGAUUGCACUGCAGAGGAGAACCUUCUAUAGAAGUUUCACUUACAGCACCUUUAUGUCUGGAUUAGACUAUGAUUUAUUUUCACCUCUAUAUGCUUUUAACUCUGUGAAGUAUACUGACUUUCUUCUGAAGUUGGAAUGUGUGAUGGGUCGUUUUAAUGAAGGGGCCAUAUUGUUGAGCCUUCUGUUUUGUAAACAUCAGAAAUAAACAUCUCUAUAUUUUAACACAC